AGUCUAUUUUCACAUUCGUUAGUUAGGGUUUUAGAUAAAAUAUUCUUCUUUUGUAAUAUUAAAACUAGCGGUUGAGUUCAUAAAUAAAAAAAAAAAAUAUGAGAUUCUAUGUGGCUGUAUUAAUCGCAGCUGUGACUGUAAAUUGUCUCGUGACGACAAUAAAUGCUGUAGCAGCCAGCGAUACAGUGGAAGUGCCAUACAUUGAUAUGCUGUUGCCACCAUUGGAAGAUGUGCAAGACAACAGCAAAGAUGCACCAGCUAAAAUUAAUGUAACAGUUAAGGCAACGCCUGCACCGAUAAAAACUACUACCACAACAAAAGCAACAACAACAACGACAACGAAAAAACCCAUAACUAAUGAGGUGAAUAAUAUUUUACCUGAACUAUCGAUUGAGGCUUUAUUGCCACCUUUAUUUGAGGCUAAAAUUGAUAAGGAAGAAACAAUAAAAUCUACCACCACACCAACUACAACGACGACAACAACAAGAAGACCUACAACAACUACGACUAAGACCACAACCACUACUACCGCUAAGCCUUUAACUACGACCACUACAACUACGGUAAAACCUUCAAAGAUAAAAGUACCUGAUUUAUUUUUGGAUUCUUUGCUGCCACCUCUGCUUGAUAAUGAAAUUGUUGAUGCUAAAGAAAACAAAGUUGUUGUAACUACACAAAAACCCAUAGCAGCAGUUAAAACUACUAAAAAAUCUUACUACCAACAACAAAAAGAUCUUCUCGUAAAUGAUCAACCUGAGGCACACACCAAAAACUAUCAAAAACAACAACUACAACAUUCAAAACACUUAACAAGCAGCAAUACUGACAAAAAUACCAAAAACUACAACAAACCAAUAGCUACAACAACUGCUUUUACCACCACCAACGAUAAACAUGUUGCUGAAAGUAAAACUCUAUCAAAACAAGUUUCUUUAGCUACACAAACGUCAAGCAUCAAGUUGCAAAGCAAGAUCGAAACUAUUGCACAGCAACAUGUAACUAAACAAGUAUCUCAACAUAAACACUCAAACGGCAACUCUCAAGCCAACAAUAAACAAUUUAAUAAUUACAGCUUCGAUUUAUAUUUCGGUUCGACUACACCAAGGCCACCCAAAAGUGGUCUACCAACAAUUACUCCAUUCCCUCAUCGUUUGGGAAGAUAAACGAUUUUUUUAAUGGUUCUUAUUACACUACAUUUUUUAAGACUUAAUUUAUUAUAAAUACUUCA